GGCUACGCCAGAUGCGGCUACACUACAAGAAGCAGCAGCAGCAGCAACAGCAACAACAUCAACAAUAUGCUUUACCCUGCAUCUGCAACAACAACAACAGCAAUAACAACAACGAGGACGAGGAGGAAUUCGAUGUGUUGUCCUUGACGCCGCCACCGCCGCCUUUGAGCUUAAUGAGUUGGGGCAGCGACGGCUACUACCAGGCUAGCGCCGCCUGGUGGGGCCACAUGUGA